AUGGGCCAGAACCAAAGUACACCAACACAAGAGCCCUACCAUAAACGCCACUACACCGCAACAAACCGCCAGAUCCAACGACAAAACUCCAUCUCCCUCACUUCCCCCACCCUCCUCCAAAACCCUGGUGCAAACCCUUAUGCGUUAAAACGCCAGGGAACUCUGUCCAUGCAGAGUAGCUCGACUGUCCAUUUGAACUCUUCUACGAUUACGACAAUGACAGGGGGUGGGUCGAGGGUGACAGGUGACAACACAGGGACAGCAACAGAGGGGGAAGGAACUAGACCGUUUAUUCGGUUGAUGCCGAUCGAAAUCCCACAGCCAGUCUACUUUGACGAAUCCUCUGCCAGUGAAGAGGAUGACUACGACUACGACGAUGGUGGGGAUGGAGAGUACAGUGAUGGGUAUUCGGACUCUUACGACCACCCCCACUCCCGCCACAACAGUGCCCAUCGUCGCCGCAACCACCGCAGCAACACUCACGAGUACAGCGACGACGAUACGGAUCUUGUGGAACACCACCGGAACAAGCGUGGGCUCGCUAGUUCGCCGCCGUACUUGGACACUGCUGCUCUCAAUGGUCGGACCACGUCUGGAACUGACCCAUAUGGAUAUGAGCAAUCGAUGAGUAGAGAGCAGGCAGAUUACCGACGAUCGAAAGAGGAAGAGGAUGAGGAUUUGUCCUAUCUCUCUCCUGUCUCUGGAACUCGCCGAUUCGCAAAACCAACAUUUCCACGAGGGGGCCUCCACUCCGAACCCUUCUACCCCCCUCACCCACACCUCUCCCACGACGAUGACCUGACCAACAACCAGAACUUAACAGACGACAACACUUCAGAUGAUGAGGCGUACAACGAGGAGCUCUUCCUCAAGCGCUACCAACUCCGCGACCUCCCUUCUGUACAGGCUGGUGCUACUGGUGAAGUGACGGAUACCGUCAUCUCACAACUCGACUUCUCCUCCUCCUCGUCAGCGAGGAGUCCGACGAGCGCAUCCCUAAUCCUGGACGCCAUCCGCGAAGAGAAAGAAGAAGAUGAUGACGAGUCCAGAAUCCCUCCCUCCCUCCUCCUCCCUUCCAAGACCGUCACAACAGGAGUGAGAGGAGCCCGCUCCCUCCCCUCGAUUCCUCCUCUUCCUCGUCUUCUUAUCAGUAUCAUGGACAAGGACAAGGACAACAGGAACAGGAGCAGGAGCAAAGGAGAGCUAGAGAAGAGCGGUAUGAUGGCGAUGACUUUUGCCAACAUGAACAGAGUUCAGAUCCCACAGCCACAGGGCCUCGAGAUGCUGUCGGAUGUUUCUCAGAGGGUCGGGGAUUUGGAUUCGAGGGUGAAUCAGAUGGAUGCUCUUGUUUCUUAUAAGCUGACCGAUAUCGAGUCCAAGGUCCAGGUGCUACAUGAAGAACAGGACACAAUCGCUACUCUGGACCAACCCACACCCCAGGAAUCUACAACCACCACAGCCUCCACCUCCUCCGACCCCCAGCGUCCAAUAUCCUUUGCAGAAGGCGAACAACCCCUCGCCACCCUCCCCUCAACAAACCCCUUCAGAACCUCCCAACUCCUCUCCAAAGCUACCCUCCUAGAACUCCGCCUUGAACUCCAAGCCUUCGGAAUGCGCUUCCACGAACUCAACGACUCCCUCCUCACCGAUCUUAUGACCCAAAUGCGCCAAGCAAAGUUAAUGCUCUUUGAAUCCUCAAACAUCGCGCCUAUCGACCCUACUGGUGCGGUCGUGAGGAGAGUCGACAGGGCAGAGGCGGAGAUGCACGCGAAGCUCUUGAGCGAGAUUGAGACACGGAUCCAGGAACGUGUGUUGGCUAUGGAGGUGACCUCUGCUAGGUUGGAGAAGUGUUUUGAUCAGAUGGAGGCCCGUCUGGGUGCUUUGGAAAUGGUCCUUGUCGCUGGUGCCAGUGCUGGUACUGGUACUGGUACUGGUGCUGGUACUACAGGAACAACAACGAUCUUGAAGAGGCCGAGACCAGAGAGCAUGUACAAGAUCCUCCAACAGCAACAGGCACAACUCCAGCGAGAACAGCAGGACCGCCAUCACCAGGAACAACGCCAACAAGGAUUGGAAUACACCCAUCGCUCUCGUGGUGGGUCGGACUCUUCCUCCCCCGAAUCCCCCACACCUGACUCAUUCCCCUCCACCACCGCCACCGCCUCUUCUUACACCUCCUCGUCAUCCAUCUCAACAACCACAUCCUCAUCAUCCUGGACCAAAAACCUCCCCACAACAAGAGGACUCCAACACCCACGCGCCCCGCGCCCAGCCCGAAUCCUCACCACUCCAGUCCCCCAACUCCUCCAACAACGCACCGCACCCCACUCCGCAAACCCUACAUCUGCCAUCAUAACCCGCAACCACCGCGCCCACACUUUGGAAACCCACCACCACCCAGGCCCGAUCAACCUGGUCCCUAACGGACACAUAAACGGCCCCGUCUCCGCACACCCUCUAAGCUCCAGCCUCCCACUCGCAAGACACCACCUCCUGACCUCCCAACGGUCCAUGACCGCCUUGAUGGCUGGUCCCAUCAACACCAGUCCCAAAUCUGCCCAUAUCGACCCUGCUUCUUCCCUCGGCACCAAUGGCGUCGACAGCAACUCUGCAUCAGGACAAGGGGAAGGAGGGAGGAGGGGAAGGGCGAGUAGUCAGAAGGUGAUUCGGAGACCGAGUUCUUAUAAGGAGCUGUUGCAUUUCUGGAAGGCUGGUGGGUCGACUCCCGAUCUUUUGAAUACCGGCAAUUCUUGA